UUGCAGCAAUGACAAUCAACUUCACUAUGCCUGGCAUCUAUCUCUCAGAGCACACAACUAUUUGCUCUGCCGUGGGGUUUAGGCGACACUGGUACAAGCAGCCGAACAGAUACUCACUACUCUCUUGAGCAUGAGCCCCAGUUCAUUCGCCGCCAUCGACGCCAAAAAUUCCAAAGAGGUGCAGGCCGAUAGUCCUGCUGAUUCUGAGCUUACUGAGCUGUCCGAAAUGGAAAUUGACACAGUGCCGGAAGUGCCCAUUCUUGAUCGGACGCUCGCGAACCUUCGCCGUCCUGCUACCGAGGAUUCCUGCGCCUUCUGGUACUGUUCGUAUGCAAAGUGGCAAGACUGGCUGCGAGAUGCACAGCAAAGCGACAAACCAAAAAAGAAGACAGCUAGAAAUAACCUGUUCAAGUUCGAUGCAGCAGGUCGUAUCAUGGAAACGUCCGACGGCAAGGUUGCGCCUCACCCAUGCAGGUGGUGCCGUCGCGAGAAUUAUGACAUGGUGUGCAUGAUACUCCGUGGCGAAGGAGAGAUGGUAUGUGCUUAUUGCAAGCGUCAUGGCAAGGGCGGCUGCAAUGCUGGUAGGGCCGAAGGUAGUGAUGCCUCAGAUGAUGGCAUCGAGUCUGAUGAGGGAUUACAGCGCGUGUCUGCUUUGGAGAGUCUGGUGUCAGAGUUACAACAUAAUUUCGAGAAGCUUCAAGAGAGCCACGAGGAGCUUCAGGACGAUCAUCGAAUCUACAAGAAUGGUUGGCACAAGCUGCAGGAAGAGCUUUUUGAGCUGGAUCAGGAGUACGAUAAACUGCGAGAAGAGCUCGUGUCACUUCAAAAAUUUCACCAGGAUCUUCAAGAGGGCGAUCAGGCGGAGCUCCGAGAGGACUAUCACUCCCUUCGUGAGGAUCACCAGUCACUUCGAGAGGACUACGAGUCACUUCGAGAAGAUCAGCAGGCGCUGCAGGCCACGAACAGGGCGCUUGAAGUCGAGUUGGAUGGCCUGAAACAGCGAAUGGGCACCCACGACAGGUGGCUGGAAUGGUUCAAAAGUAACUACUACACCGCGACUCGAGAUAUCUACAUCAUGUGGAUGAAAUUGUGGCCCACCAGCGCUCGCGCACCACCUGACCAGCCAGCAAUAUAGCGAACAGCUCCGCCAUGUGCGGCGAGCUCACCGCUGGUCAAAAGUCUGGGGUCCAGCGCUGGACAGCAAGCACCGACCAUGGGAGACUAAAGUUCUACAUGGAUGUACAUAGCAGUUUCACAAUGCAAACGGUACGAGCGACAAC